CCCGCGGGCAACUGAAGCUGUUGUCAGGUUAGACCUGUGACUCCUCUGCUGCCGAGGGUUCGGAAGACGCAGAGGGGUGAACUUAGGUGUCUGAUGGUUGCUUCUGGAGGGGUGUGUAAGACUCUGGCUGAAGAAAGCUAUUAAGCUUCUUAUGUGGGUGAUUUUGAAAAAAAUAGCAUUUCGGUUUUACCUGCUUGACUCCCUCUUCUCAAAUUUUAACUCCGCCUCCACAUCUGGUUGGUUUUGCACUGCCAUCUCUCCGGUUGGGGAGUGCUCUGUGUUAUUGUUAUUAUUGCUUAUGCGGCCAUUCUCUUGCCAUCCUCACUUUCAGAUUCAUUGGCAUGGUGCAUAAAAAGACUGAGUGGGAUUAAUGGGUAAAUAUGUUCUAGUCGUCUCUAAUCCUGGAUUAAAUACCAAAUUGAAAUUUCUGGCUUUGUGCAUAGUCUGUUGAGACGUUUUAUUUAAAAGUUGAUGACUGCAUGUUUCAAAAUCACUUGAAAUUCACGUUUUCUUUAUCAUACUCCCACUUUAUUUCUUCUCCCCUACCCCUGCCCCCUCGAAAUCCUAAAAGCGGUGAAAAUUUUGUUCUGAAGUUUUAUGGACCCAGAAGAAAAUUCUGUUCAUAAUUGUGGGACUAGUUUUGUUACCAGUGAUAUGAAAGGCUCUGAGUUUAACCCGGAAAAGAAAAAAAAGGUUAAAAUACCAGCGAGGAGACUUCGUGAGGUAGUUUCUCCAAAUCAGGGAGAUAAUUUGGCUUUGCUGAAAUAUGAGUUGUCCCGUGUUCCUCCAGCGUUGUCUGCAAAUAAACGUCUUCCUGUUAGAACUGGGAAGAGCUUGAAUGGAACGUUAUGUGGUUCAUCAGACUUAACUUCUGCCAGAAAUUAUCAGCAGCCUCCAUUAGAAAAUCCCACUGUGUCAGAAAGUGAUUUUUCUAAAGAUGUUGCAGGGCAAGUGUUGCCUUUGGAUAAAACAGAAGAGAACAACAGACAAAAAGCAAAUGACAUCUUUAUUUCUCAGUACACUAUGGGACAGAAAGAUGCUCUAAGAGCAGUUUUAAAACAAAAAGCUCAAAGCAUGCCUGUCUUUAAGGAGGUAAAGGUACAGCUUUUAGAAGAUGCCAGCGCAGAAAAGGACCCUAUUAUUCAGGAGAAUAGAACUUCACCCAGUGGAAUUGAUUCAGCUGCAACGGUGGCUGCAGCAACUGCUGCCGCCAUUGCAACAGCAGCUCCACUGAUAAAAGUGCAGAGUGAGUUGGAAGCAAAGGUCAGUACUGUUACAGAAUUACUCAAUAAGUUACAGGAGACUGAUAAACAGCUACAACGUGUUACAGAGCAGCAGACAACCAUUCAGAAUGAACAUGAGAAACUACACUGUCGUGAUCAUGGAAAGCAAAUGAAUGUGUUUAUGGAGCAGCGCAUUAGGCAUCUUGAAAAACUGCAGCAACAACAAAUAGAUAUUCAGACUCACUUCAUUAGUGCUGCACUCAAGACUAGUAGUUUUCAGCCUGCUACUGUGCCCCCUUCUAGAGCAGUGGAAAAGUAUUCUGUAAAACCAGACCAUUUGAAUUUUGGUAGCAGUAAUCUAUCUUCACAUAACACCUUUGCUUCCAAACAAGCACCUUCAAUAGAGGUUGAAGAUACCAAUUUUGAUAAACAGAAAUCUCCUUUGGAGACACCAGCACCUCGCAGAUUUGCUCCUGUACCUGUUUCAAAGGAUGAUAAAAUAUCAAAGAGGGAAAAUCCUACAGAUAAAAAAGAAAAUAUGGAGAUGUCACGUCAUACAGAAAAUGUAGGACUCUUGGAACAGAUUUUGAAUAACUAUGAUUCUUUGACAAGAAUAAGUGAAUCUUCAGACAAAAACUUACUAACUAGAUCAAAAAUAGGAUGGAAUCCUGAGAGGAGAAACAGCAUUGACCCUCUAUCCACUCAGAAAUUUCCUUCCUAUGAAGAACUAGGAACAGCUAAAGUGACUGUGCAGAAGUCUGAUGAUAUUCUUCAUGAUCUUGGCCAAAAGAGGAACGAAACAAAUGGCAUACUCCAGCCAAAAGAAUCUCAGAUUGUGUCAGGGGUUGCUGAUCUUCCACAGAAUUCCAUUAAGCUUCAAAUAACCAAUACGAGAUCCGUAUUGAAAGAUGCUGAGAAGAUUUUGAGAGGAGUACAAAACAAUAAAAAAGUACUUGAAGAAAACCUGGAAGCUAUUAUUCGUGCAAAGGAUGGAGCUGCCAUGUAUUCAUUUAUCAAUGCUCUAUCUACCAACAGAGAGAUUUCAGAGAAGAUUCGGAUCAGAAAGGCAGUAGAUAACUGGAUUAAAACUAUUUCUGCAGAAAUUCAAGAUGAACUGGCAAGAAAAGAUUAUGAACAAAAGAGAUUUGAUCAGAAGAACCAAAGGACCAAGAGAGUUCAGAACAUGAGUAAAGAUAUUAAAACCAACACACAAGACAAAACGGUAAACAGCUCUGUAAUUCCAAGAAAACAUUCUCAAAAACAAAAAGAGGAGCAAAUUAGAAAUCCACCUACAAGGAGCAUGCCUGCUUCAAGCUUACAGAAAGAGAGAAAAGAGGGGUUUUUGAAAGCAACCACAGUGGUACAAGACAAGGAUUAUAUGUUACAAAUCUAUGGAAAACCAGUUUAUCAGGGUCAUCGCAGCACUCUUAAAAAAGGACCAUAUCUCAGAUUUAAUUCUCCAUCUCCUAAGUCCAGACCACAGAGACCAAAAGUAAUAGAACGAGUUAAAGGCACUAAAGUAAAGUCAAUAAGAACACAAACUGACUUUUAUGCAACAAAACCUACAAAGACAGAUUCUAAACUGCAACAUACCAUAACUACACUGUCUCCUGGUGAUCAGCAGUAUUUGUUCAGCCCAAGCCGGGAAAUGCCUACUUUUUCAGGUACACUGGAAGGUCAUCUAAUUCCUAUGGCAGUUCUUUUAGGACAAACCCAAAGUAAUAGUGAUUCCAUGCCACCUGCUGGAGUAAUUGUAAACAAGCCACACCCUGUAACAGUGACUACUUCUAUUCCACCAUCAUCUCGAAAAACAGAAACUGGAGUAAAGAAACCUAACAUAGCAGUUGUAGAAAUGAAGUCGGAAAAAAAGGACCCUCCUCAGCUUACUGUGCAGGUAUUACCCAAUGUAGAUAUUGACAGCAUUUCAAAUGGUAGUGCUGAUGUUGGUCUAUCUCCAUCUAGUCCCAAAGAAGCAUCUCCUCCUCCUCCUCUGAAAACCUGGAUACAGACUCCAGAAUUUACGAAGGCAGAUGAAGAAGAGGUGAAGUUUCCAGGAACUAACUUCGAUGAAGUAAUCGAUAUCAUACAGGAAGAGGAAAAAUGUGAUGAAAUUCUGGAAUACUCUGAACCAAUUCUGGAGUUUAACAGAAGUGUUAAAGUUGUUUCUACAAAAUAUAAUGGCCCUCCGUUUCCUCCAGUUGCUUCUACUUCUCAGCCCACUACUGAUGUUCUGGAUAAAGUAAUUCAGAGAAAAGAAACAUUGGAAAAUAGCUUAAUUCAGUGGGUAGAACAAGAAAUAAUGUCAAGAAUGAUCUCUGGGCUUCUUCCAGUUCAACAGCAGGCCACAGCUGACAUCAGUGUCUCAGUCAGUGAGGCCAGUGAGCCCUUGACUUCCGACAUUGUGGAAGGAACAAGCAGUGGUGCCCUCCAGCUUUUUGUUGAUGCCGGGGUUCCUGUGAAUUCAGACAUUAUUAGGCAUUUUGUGAAUGAAGCUCUUGCUGAAACCAUUGCCAUCUUGCUGGGUGACAGAGAAGCAAAGAAGCCAGGUCCUGUUGUUACAAGUGUUUCUGGGGAUGUUUCAAUAAGCAAGACACACUUGCCGGCAAGAGUGUGUACCCCAGUGGCUACCCCACAGCCAACUCCUCCUCUCUCACCUUCAUCACCUCCUGAGGAGCGUGUGUGGGUAAAAACUCCGGAUUCUUCUCCCUAUGUUUCAGAUCAUGAUGUAGCUUUUCCCAUGAAAGAAAUAUUUGCUGAAGAAGGAAAUAAUAUGCCUCCCAUCACACUUGUUAAUACUCCAACCGUUACCCCUGCAACUACACCUCCUCCCGCAGCAGCUCUUACCCCAACUUUGUCAGAGACUUCUGUUGAUAAAUUGAAGAUGCCAAGCCCAGAGCUUCCCAAGCCAUGGAGUAAUGGAGACCUGCCACUGGAAGAAGAGAAUCCCAGCUCUCUUCAAGAAGAACUUCACCCGAGAGCUAUUGUAAUGUCUGUGGCCAAGGAUGAAGAACCUGAGAGCAUGGACUUCCCUGCUCAGCCUGCACCUCCAGAGCCAGUUCCCCUUAUGCCGCUUCCUGCUGGCCCCAAGGCCCCUUCCCCCAUACAGAUGCCAAGUUCAGAUUCAUCAACAGUGGAGAGUACCUUGAGCGUUACUGCCACUGAAACUGAAACCUUAGAUAGACCCAUCUCUGAAGGAGAGGUUUUAUUUAAUUGUGGUCAAAAAGUGGCUCCUAAGAUUUUAGGAGAUGAAGGACUGUAUCUGACAAACCUAAAUGAUAGCUUAUCCAGUACUCUGCAUGAUGCCCUUGAAAUGGACUUGGAAAACAGUGUAGGUGAACUUAGUGAAGGACAAAGGCCCAGGCUGACAGCAGCAGCAGAGAACAUCUUAAUGGGACGUUCCGCCUAUAUGCAGCAGCCUGUAACUAACGCAGAGUCUUCAGAUCAAAGAUGUGCUCCUAAGCCAUUAUCUCAGCAGUGUGACACAGUUACAGAUGAUAUUUAUGAAGAUUUAUGUGCUAGUCAUGGUCCAAUGAGUUUGGGAGAAUUGGAGUUGCGGCCAGAUCCUCACCUUGCCCUUCCCACAAAACUUCUGACAACACAAGAAGAUGAUGUUAAACUAUCAGUGGCAGCUGAAGAUUUUCCUCAGUACCAACAAAAACAAGACCAAGAUGUUAAGCAAGUUGAACACAAGCCAGUUCAAAGUCGUUUAAUACGUGUAAGAAAUAAAUGUGAUAUUUCACUUACACAGCAACAAGCUUCACCAGGUGAUAUGGAUCAGACACAAAUUGAGCCCAAUCUGUACCUCACAUCCGUAUUUACAGGUGGUGAAGCAGUUCCACUCUUCACUUCGCAGACAUCAUCUGCCAAGAUGUCCGUGACGCUACCCUCAGUGAACCUGGAGGACUGCUCUCAGUCUCUGAGCAUCAGCAGUGUCCAGGGGGACACAGAAUCCUCAGGAGCAGAUACCUUCUGAAUGUGAAGUGAGAGCCAGUACAGUAUGUGUGCUACUGGUUUUGAGGUCAUUUUUCUCUGGCAUAAAACUAUCUCUCAGACUAUUUUGGUCCUUCAACAUAUUCAGGAAAACAAUUUUUUUAUUUUUUAUUAAAAUGAAAAGUGUAAUUUGGGUAUUUAGGUAACAUUUUUAAAUAAAAUAACUUAAAUGGA